GCAGCAAAGCCAAUUUGACCCCUCUCCCAAUCUCUGUAGCAAAGUUCAGAGCAGAAAAGAAGAAAGUUCUUACAUUGCAGAGUGGGCUCCACACAGUAGCAAGAAUUGCAGAGCAACUAGGUAGCCAUGGGAGGCGUCGCUGUGGCCGUUAUCCAGCCGUUAACGCUGUGCCGGCCGCGUGGUUGGGCUCCGGCUCCGACGAGGCUAAAGAGUUGUGGUGGUAAGAGAAAGAGCGGCGUCAGAGUGAGAGUGAAGCUGGCGAGGGCAGCUCUGGUGGAGGCGAGACCGGCGGCCAUAAGAGUUAGAGACGACGACGAAGGUAAGUCGGUGAAGGUGCAGAUCUAUCGAGCCGGCACCGCCGUCGAUCGUGCGGAGGAUAUUCAGGCGGAGGCGAGGGCUUUCGCACGUGCGGCGAAUGCCUCCGUUUACACCCCCGAGCUUCUGGUCGACAAGUACGGGUCUAGCCCAGUCAAGGUGAUUCGGAGGACGCUGAAGAUUGUGACAGCUCUAGGUACGUUUGGGUUGAAUUUGUUCAUUGAUCAAAGGAAAGGCGUGCUUGAUCAGAAUAAAAGACGGCGAGCUGUGGAGCUCCGGCGAAUUUUCACUCGUUUGGGACCUACUUUUGUCAAAUUGGGUCAGGGAUUGUCAACAAGACCUGACGUGUGUCCGUCGGAGUAUCUGGAGGAGCUCUCUGAGCUUCAGGAUGCUUUGCCGACAUUUCCGGAUGCAGAAGCAUUUGCGUGCAUUGAGAGGGAGUUGGGAGUACCACUUGACUCGAUUUACUCGACCAUAUCUCCGUCUCCGAUUGCAGCAGCUAGUUUAGGUCAAGUCUACAAAGCUAAACUGAAGUCAACUGGGCAGGAUGUUGCUGUUAAGGUGCAGCGCCCUGGCAUUGAAGAGGCUAUAGGGCUAGACUUCUUUCUCAUACGGAAUUUAGGAUUUUUCAUAAACAAAUAUGUUGACAUCGUAACCACAGAUGUUGUGGCCCUUAUUGAUGAAUUUGCACGCAGAGUUUAUCAAGAGCUCAACUAUGUGCAGGAGGGACAAAAUGCGAGGAGAUUUAAGAAAUUGUAUGCUGACAAGAAAGAUGUUCUCGUCCCAGACAUUUUCUGGGAUUACACCAGCACCAAAGUGUUGACGAUGGAGUGGGUAAAUGGAGUCAAAUUAAAUGAGCAAGCUGCCAUUGAGGGUCAAGGGUUGAAAGUAUUGGAUCUGGUUAACACUGGCAUACAAUGCAGCCUCAGACAGCUACUUGAGUAUGGAUAUUUUCAUGCAGAUCCUCAUCCUGGGAAUCUCUUGGCAACACCUGAAGGAAAGCUUGCCUUUCUUGAUUUUGGAAUGAUGAGUGAAACACCAGAAGAAGCUAGAUUUGCUAUCAUCGGUCAUGUUGUUCACAUGGUUAAUCGGGAUUAUGAAGCUAUGGCUAAUGAUUACUAUGCUCUAGAUUUCUUAUCGCCUGAUGUAGAUGUUUCUCCAAUUGUACCAGCUCUUCGGAACUUCUUUGAUGAUGCGCUGAAUUCUACUGUUAGUGAACUGAAUUUUAAAACACUGGUGGACGGUCUAGGUGCUGUUUUGUAUGAAUAUCCAUUUAAUGUCCCAGCUUAUUACGCAUUGAUACUAAGGUCACUCACAGUACUAGAAGGUCUAGCCCUUUAUGCUGAUCCUAAUUUCAAGGUGCUGGCUGCUUCAUACCCGUAUUUUGCUAAAAGGCUUCUGACUGAUCCAAAUCCGUAUCUCAGAGAUGCUCUUAUUGAGUUGCUUUUCCAGGAUGGGAAGUUUAGGUGGAAUCGACUAGAAAGUUUGCUGGUUCAAGGAAGCAAAGAUAGAGAUUUCUCUGCAAAAGAUGCUUUACAGCCUGCUUUGAAGUUAUUAUUGGGUCCGGAUGGUGAAGAACUUCGGACUUUAGUUGUAAAGGAGGCUGUGCGUGUCACUGAAGCCUUUAUUUGGGGCACAGCUAUUGACACAUACAACUCUAUGCCCGAAUUUAUGAAGGGUAUGAUUGUUAAUGGCAAUGCUAUUGGACCUCUGGCAAUGAGCGUCGCUGAACAAGAAAGCAUGAUAGCACUCCGAGACCAAGUAAUCAGAAUUUGGGGACUUCUGAGAACCUCUGAAAGCUUUGACCCUGCGAUUUUGCAGCCCAUUUUACUGGUCCUUCAACAACCUGAAGCACGCAGCCUUGGGGGGAAAGUUAUUGGUGGGAUCACACAGCGACUUGCGGCACGGUUGUUGCAACAAGUUCUUCGAGUGCCAACACCAGCUCCUGCUUCGACUUUGUGACCCUAUAGAAGACCCUUGGGGACUUGGGUAAAGCAAAUAUUUGUUGUAAUGAUGCUAAGUUGAAGAAACCGGGAAAGAGGAUGAUACUUCAACCUUUUUACCAUUUUUUGUCACCAUCACUUGGUUUGAAAGGAAUGUACAUGUGUGCUUGUCUGUGUCAAAACAUGCAGGGAACCGACAGUUCAAUCUGUAGUAUCGUAUAGAAGCUUCUCAAACUAGUAGUGUACAUAUUACUGUUGUGUCCAAAUGUUUUCGCGAGUGACAUAACUCCCAGAGGUCCAUCAAUUCAUCUAUAUUAGAAAGCAUAUGAACAAGAUAUGAACAAUCAAGUCACUGACCAUAUAAUUUUUUGUUU